AUGGCAUGCCCACCAAACAGUGACAAUGUAUUCGGGCCCCGCGUCAACCCAGAGUGUCGCCCAUUCGAUUUCACUUUGCUUUUUGAAGAUGCCUUUUUUGGGCUACUCCCAGCUGCACUAUUUCUGGUUCUGACUCCACAACGACUGUAUAUGCUUCGCACUUCGCCCGUCAAGUUGGAUUCUUUCCGACUGAUCCUUGUGAAAUUGACUCUAUUGGCUGUGCUGUGCAUUCUGCAUAUACUCUACACAGCCUUAAGAGUUGAAGAUCCUGAGUUGCACACCAGCGUAGGACUUGCCUCCGGCAUCGUGAAUAUCAUCGCGACAGGCGGGGCUAUCAUGCUUUCUUACCUCGAAGAUCAGCGCUCUGUUAAACCAUCUGACCUCUUGGUUAUAUACUACUCCGUGCAACUACUUCUUGUAUUGCCACAACUACGUUCCUUAUGGCAGAUAUCUACCGCCAGUGAGCCUUGUCGGGCAUUGUGGACAACAAUCUUUGUUUUCAACAUCGCAGUACUAAUCGCGGAGUCCAUGCAUAAGAAUCGGUUCUUGCGCCCACUCUACCAGAAAACGAAAGGGGAAGGCAUUCUGGGAUUUUGGGGUCAAAGCUUUUUCAUUUGGGUGCUCCCGGUUCUUCAAACCGGAUACUCAAAGGUGCUGGGUACUGAUGACAUUCCGGAAAUGGACGCCGACCAACAGACACAACUCACCGGAGAAGAAUUGGAGAAGGCCUGGAAAAUCAAUAGUGGCAAACAUCGAUUACUUUGUUCUACCUUCUCCGCCUAUAGGAAUACUUUCCUGUCAGCAAUCGGGCCUCGUCUCUGUCUCUCUGCAUUCAACUUCUGUCAACCAUUUCUCAUUACCACGACUAUUGCCUACAUACAGAACGAUGGGUCCGACCCAGAUAGGAAGAGACGUGGCCAAGCCAUUGUUGGUGCAUAUGUCUUGGUCUACUUAGGCUGGGUCCUAUCUACGGCAGUCUACUGGCGCCAAACAAAUCGGUUCAACACCAAAGUGCGCUCCGGCUUGAUCUCUAUGGUUUAUACUCAAACUUCUCGUCUCAAGGCCAGCGAUAUCAAGGACUCCGCAGCCAUUACUCUUAUGGGUACCGAUGUAGAGAGGAUUGUACAGAGUCAGAAGACAAUCCACGAAACGUGGGCUUCGGUCCUAGAAGUCGGUAUCGCUAUCUGGUUGCUAGAACGGCAGCUUCUAGUCGCCUGCGUAGUUCCUGCCGUCAUUGCAAUAGGCUCGGUGCUGGCUAUAGGGCCAAUAUCUGCCCGAUCAGGACAGGCUCAAAAGGAAUGGAUUGAGCGCGUCCAGACCCGAGUGGCAGCGACGUCCACCAUGCUACGCGACAUCAAGUCCAUCAAGAUGCUCGGACUUUCUCAGGUCCUAUUGAGCACCACAUCCGAGCUACGAAAGAUUGAGCUCAAAAUCUCUGAGCGGUUCCGGAAGCUGCUCAUCUGGGAAAUUGUUAUAUCUAACGUGCCCACUGAAUUCGCUCCUUUUGCAACCUUCGCUGUCUACACCAUCAUCGCGGUGGUAAAGCACGAUAAGACAUUACUUUCCAGUCAGGCCUUUACGUCUCUUUCGUUGAUCUCCCUCGUUACCAGUCCACUCAUCACCUUUGUCCAGGCUGUGCCUUCUGUGCGUCAAGCCAUGUCGUGUUAUCUUCGCAUUGAAGAAUACUGCGAAAAAGAGCCCGCUGGGCUUGUCACGCAUACAGCAUCAUCCCCUGUGCUCUCACUCACAGAUAAUGAUCGGGAUGUGGAGCUGCGAUCAUUUCAACCAAAGUCAGAGUACAGUGCUACGCCUGUCUCUUUCGAGCGAGCUAGUGUUGGGUGGUCAAAGGCUGGCGAAAAUAAGCUUCAUGACAUAACUUUGCGUGUCGGAUCGGGAGUUACCAUGCUAAUUGGACCAGUAGGCUCCGGAAAGUCCACCUUGCUCUGUAGUCUCUUGGGUGAAACAGUGAUCAAAUCUGGGGAUGUGCGGGUUGAAGAUCAUCAAAUGGCGUAUUGUUCCCAAGCCCCCUUCAUCAUAAAUGAUACAGUGCGCCAGAACAUUACAUUCGGUUCACCAUUUGAUCCGAAAUGGUAUGAGUUUGCCAUAUGGGCUUGCGGCCUCAAAGAAGACCUGUCAGAUAUGCCGGGUGGUGAUCUGUAUCGUGCAGGGACCAAUGGCCUUUCACUUAGUGGCGGCCAAAAGCAGCGGGUUGCAUUGUGCCGUGCUAUCUACUCGAGGAGAAGGCUGGUCGUCCUGGAUGAUGUCUUCAGUGGACUUGACUCGAACAACAUCAGGGUUAUUUCUACGCGUCUUUUCGGCCCGAAUGGAUACUUUCGCAGACCUGGGAUGACAGUCCUUCUAGCCACUCAUACAGAACAUUUAUUCCAAUAUGCGGACGAUAUUGUCGUUCUUGAAGAAGGUAGAAUCGUGCAGACUGGGUCGUUUGAGAAUGUGAUGCAGCUCAGCAAGCCCGCAAGCACCGAGUCCCCAGUGAGCACCGUCGGAACUGCAGACCACGCGGCAUCCGCGACGCAAGAGGGUGAUGAGCUGAGCAAUACCGCUGCGAAUCCUUCACCUCCAGACUCUCCGAGCCCUCUGCGACGCGAAGGAACUUGGUCUGUGUACAAAUACUAUUUUAGGAGUGCUGGAUUCAUUCCGUUUGCAACCUGUCUGGCUUUCAUUGUUGUGGAAGCAGUCAGUGGAGACUUCACAACUCUAUGGAUCCAGUGGUGGGUGGAGGCCAACGAAAGGAGUCCCAACAAAGACGCGGGUAUGUAUUUGGGAGUGUAUGCGGCGCUCUUCGUGAUACAACUCGUAGGCAAUGUGGGUGGAUUGUGGCUUCUGAUUAUAAAUAUAAUCAACAAUACUGCGUUGAAUCUCCAUACAGACCUUCUCACUGCGACGCUGAGUGCACCGUUGAGGUUCUUCCAGGACACAGAAAUAGGCGCCUUGACUAAUAGGUUUAGUCAAGAUAUGGAGUUGAUUGACAUGAUGCUUCCUUUGGUAGCAUCUAUGUACUUGACAGGAUUCGCAAGCUGCGUGGUCAAAUUGGUCAUCCUCUGCAUCGUCAGCAAGUACCUCGCAGUUGCAGUGCCAGCGCUUCUGGUCAGCCUAGUGAUACUCCAGAGAUAUUACCUUCGCACUUCUCGGCAGGUACGGCUGCUGGAUUUGGAAGCCAAGGCUCCCCUGUAUACGCAUUUCACGGAAGCAGUUCAUGGGGUCACCACCCUCCGUGCUUUCGGCAUGAAUCCCUGGUUCCAGGAGAAACUGCACAUGCUCCUCGAUAAAUCACAAAGACCUUUUUAUAUGUUGUACUGCAUACAGCAAUGGCUGACCCUUGUAAUGGGCUUGAUUGUUGCGGCUUUGGCAGUGAUUAUCGUUGCGAUGACAACCUCUUUGGCCGACCAAUAUAACGGUGCGGCGGUCGGUGUUGCUCUCAGCUUGAUCCUAACCUUCAACAGCACUAUUUCGAGCACUCUCCGGUCCUGGACUAGUCUUGAGACGACCAUCGGGGCAGUUUCGCGAGUUCAACGAUUUGUGCAAGACACUCCUCGCGAGGCAAACCAUGGCCUCAUGAGGAGCGUAGUUCCGGGAGUAUCGGGUCACUCUCAGUUUACAAUCGCAUUCGAUAAUGUAACAGCAGGAUACAGUCAAGCCAGCCCGCCGGUCCUGAAGAAUCUGUCGCUCACUAUUCGCCAUGGUGAAAAGGUAGCCAUCUGCGGAGCAUCAGGUAGUGGGAAGUCAUCUAUAAUAAUGUCGCUUCUUCGUAUGAGCGAGAUCCAAUCCGGAAAAAUAUCGAUCGGUGGCUGCGACAUAUCGGAGCUCGAGAGACAAGCUAUUCACUCUGCUAUCAAUGUUAUCCCGCAAGACCCGUUUCUGCUCCCCGGCACUGUUCGCUUCAAUCUGGAUCCGUUUGGAAUGGCCACGGAUGAACGCAUCACUUCUGGGCUCCAGAAGGUAGAUCUGUGGAGACGAAUCAGUACCGACGGGGGGCUAGACAUGGACAUGUCCAGCAUCUCAACCUGGUCAGUGGGCGAAAGGCAAUUGCUUGCGCUCGCCCGGGCGCUUGUGGUCCCGCGGCCCAUCCUCAUCCUCGACGAGGCCACUAGUAGCGUCGACCGAGAGACAGAAGCAUUUAUGCAAGAAAUUAUCGAGCAGAAUUUUCGCCACCAAACCGUGAUUGCUGUCAUUCAUCGCUUCGCUCACAUUGAUCGGUUCGAUCGGGUAGCGUUCCUCCAGGAUGGGGAGAUGCUUGAAUGCGACGCGCCGCAGGCAUUGCUGGGACGGGAUUGCAAUUUCCGGGAGCUAUACCGAGCCUGGGAGAGAGCAUAG